AUGAUUCUCCUCAAUCAUUUCCGUCUUCCUCUGAUUCCUCUACGUGCACAUUACACUUUCGUCGUCUAUCGACAUGCAGCUUACACUUAUGAUUCUCCUCAUCAUUUCCGUCCUGUCUCUAGUUCUCUGAUUCCUCUACCUUUCAUUCUGAUUCUCCUCAUCAUUUCCGUCUUGUCUCUGAUUCCUCUCGUGGUCAUUACACUUUCGUCGUCUGUCGACAUGCAGCUUACACUCCUCCUCAUCAUUUCCGUCUUCUCUGAUUCCUCUACGUGCAUUACACUUUCGUCGUCUAUCGACAUGCAGCUUAUUAUUCUCCUCAUUUUCCGAUUCUCAAUCAUUUCCGUCUUGUCUCUGAUUCAUUUCUUUCGUGCACGUCUUACACUUUCGUCGUCUAUCGACAUGCAGCUUACACUUAUGAUUCUCCUCAUCAUUUCCGUCUUGUCUCUGAUUCCUCUACGUGCACAUUACACUUUCGUCGUCUAUCGACAUGCAGCUUACAUUAUGAUUCUCCUCAUCAUUUCCGUCUUGUCUCUGAUUCCUUUACGUGCAUUACAUUUCGUUCGUCGUCUGUCGACAUGCAUGAUUCUCCUCAUCAUUUCCGAUUUGUCUCUGAUUCCUCUACCUUACAUUCUUAUGAUUCUCCUCAUCAUUUCCGUCUUCUCUCUGAUUCUUCUACGUGCACAUUACACUUUCGUCGUCUAUCGACAUGCAGCUUACACUUAUGAUUCUCCUCAUCAUUUCGUCUUGUCUCUUAUUCCUCUACGUGCAUUUCGUCGUCUAUCGACAUACAGCUUACAUUAUGAUUCUCUCAAUCAUUUCCGUCUUGUCUCUCAUUCCUCUACGUGCACAUUACACUUUCGUCGUCUAUCGACAUGCAGCUUAUCAUUUAUCAUUCUCCUCAUCAUUUCCUUUCGUCUCUUCCCUUACGUGAUUCCUUCUACGUGCACAUUACGUUUCGUCGUCUAUCGACAUGCAGCUUAUUUAUCAUUAUGA